AUGGCGCAUAACAUUCCACAGCAACCGAUUCUGGCACAUAAUACCACACAGUCACCAAUAACUCAGGCAUUUAUUUGGCUUGAGAAAGGUGGUGAUAUUUUCUUGAAUCAGACUUUGAUUGAAACUAUACGCACGAUUAUGUCAGUUAAUCAAAAUUUAGUUAUUCCUCAUAUUAUCACAAAUUUUUAUCCAAGGCCUCCCUUAACGCCUACGACAAAUCAGGGCCCACAUGUACAGUUGGUCAGCCAUGAAGCUACAUUAAGGGCGGUCUUGCAAGAUAUAUAUGAUCUUGUAAAAUCCGCAAAUUUAUUUUACGAGAUGGGUCAGUCAAGGGUCAAGGAAUAUUGUGAUUUUAUAAAAGCAAAUCCUUUGUUAUUUAAAUAUUUACGGAGUGAUAUAGUGAGAAAUUUGGAUUUGGAAUAUUAUUUGCCAAUAAUAUUGUAUACAUGGGACCUUUCAUCAUUAGGAAUUAAUUAUAAAGAUUUUAUUCGGGCAUUAGUGCUUUUAGAAAAUGGGUACAUUUUAAUCAAGUGUAUGAUGACUAAUAAUCCACAGAUGUUUGAAGAGUUGACUGAUUUAAAAAUCUUACCUGAAUUUGCAUUGGAGUUGACGCUUACUUCUUGUGCCGAUGUGCCUUUAUAUUUGGCCGGAAUCUUGUCACGUGAUUCAGAAUGGUUAAAAUUCAACCAAAUAAAGGCGGAUACUAUUAAUACUUUGCAAAAUAGGCUUAUGACGACUUUGAAAAAGGAACUUAGAGAACCAGUGAUACCAUUGACAGCUCAUCGAAAUAGGCUCUGUGUCCUUCUUCGUAUUAUAUGCGGUUUAAAUUAUUAUUUUCAAUCCUAUCUGAGCCAAGGCGAUUUAGAAGCCUGCCUUCAAAUAUUAAACCAUGCGGAAUCAGACAGGGUUGAAUUAAAUACAAAUAUUUCUCAAUAUUUAGAUGCGUCCAACGUUCAUGAAUGCAUUUUCCAAUUCGAUCAAAUACAAGAGAUUUGUCGUGAAACAUUAACACUAGAUGUAGUAAUUGCUCCAUUAGAGAAUGGUUCAGAAACCUUUAUCAGAUCCCAGUUUAAAGAAGACAUAUUGGCAAAAUGCGCAUUGGAAAUUGAUCCGAUGACUUCUUUUACUGGAUUAGGGUUAUCUAAGGUACCACAAGAUAUUGCCUUUGAGGUUUUCUAUGUUAUGCUGACUGGAGGUGUAUUUCACAAAGGCCGUGUUGAUAUUCGAUCUUGGAUAUGGCGACAAAUUUUGCAAGCAGAAAUUCCGAUACAUGUCAAACUUGGGCCCUUAUUGAAAGCAUAUGUUCGCAGGUUAAUAAAUAUUUCUAAAUAUUUUGUAGCCAUCGUUAAUACUUAUUCACCCAAGUUGACUGAAUUAAUUUCCGCAAGAAGAAUUUUAGUCGAGGCAGAAAAAUGUGACAAUGGUUAUGCUUAUCGUAAUAUUUAUCCUGAACUCCUUGGUCUUAUGGCUAGUAACUAUCCGGAGAUCUUUGACAUUGAAAGUUUCCUUAUCGAGGAGGAUCGUGAAACUCGUAUUCCACUUAACAAUAGUGAUUAUGUUGAAAAUAUUGUAAUGUCAGCGAUAACUGAAUUAGAAGAUUCAACAGAAAACGUCUUAGCAUUAAAAAAGCUAGAAGCAAUCGCGCCUGAAUAUUUACUUGUGCAGUCAGAUUCUCUUAUUCUAUCUCUAUUACCCAAGUUAUUAAAGCAAGAACAAGACCCCGUAAUACUGGAUUCAAUAUAUAGAAUCUGGUAUUUGUUAUAUUCUAUUCAUCCCCAUAAAGCUGCUUUAUUAUUCAUAAAUGCAGUACGAAGUGAAGAAGAUAGGAGUGCAAGCUUCUUAGAGCGAGAUGUUAUGCUUGAUCCGCUUGUUAUGUUUCGUUGUGAUAGUCAAGUGUUCCGAUGUCCACAAAUAUUUCAGAUAUUUUUAAAGGUCUUGAAAUUUUACAUGGUUGGAUCACGUCUUAGAUUACGACGUGCAUGGCAAGAUGAACUUACUAAUAAAGAAGCCUUUCCUCCGAAUAAGCUUAAUUAUAUGAUUAGUAGUCAGGAGACACUUUUAUUGUCACUCUUAAUGAAAGAAUGCGAAACCAAGCCAACUGAUUUGCAAAAUCCUGGCACGUUGGAUAAAAUUCGAACGGCGGCAUUUCGUUUCUUUCAUCACAUGUUUAUCGAAAACUUGGAAUCAUUGAGGAAUUUACAUUUUUUAGGUUAUGCGACUGAAUUGAUUCCCUUGACAACUCGUAAAAUCGAAUCUAUGCAUCUUUGUGUAUUUUGGGCGCACGAAUUAAUAUCACACGAAGAUCCAAAAAAACAAUUAUUUGGUCUGUGUUUGGCAGGUCAAUUGUGUGAAGUUUGGCCAAUGCCUUUAACGUUUAAGCUUGCUAAGGACCACAUUAUACCGACGAUUAGACGUAAAACUCUCGAAAUACCCGAAAAUGUUUUAUCCGAAGAGGGUAAAACUAUCUUACCUAUAUUAGUUCGAUUAUAUAAUGUUUUUAAUAAUUUGAGGGAAGAAGUUGUUGCACUGCUACGAGGACUUGAGGACAAAUUCAGUUCAUCAAAGGGUUACGCAACUACUCUUGGUGCAAAACGUAAAUCACAAACGAUCGUUUCUGAAUUAUUAACGUCCAUUAACAAAACUCCGAAAAGUACCAAGAUGGAUAGAGUUAGAGAAAUUUUACCAGCAUAA